AUGGAUCCCAUGGCCAGCAGCUCCGACCCGGGCUCCGAUGCCGGGCCCACAGUGCAGCGCUACAUCGCGGAGACGCUGACCCCCGUCACCACGGAGCUGCUGAGCGCUCUUCUCGACGAGAUGCCCGAGGUCCCGGAGAGCUUCAUGCUGGCCUGGCUCCGCGGCCGCUCUGGGGUGCCGGGCGCCGGCGCCCAGUCGCUGCGCCGCAAGAAUGCGGCCCUGAAGGAGGAGCUCGCGAUGCUGCGGGGCCGGCUGGCCGCUGAGAGUGCUGCAGCUGCUGCGGAGGUGAAGCACCAUAGCCUGAGCUUCAAGAAGCAGCUGGCAGAUUUGCUGAUGACCGCCGAGAUCCCCUUGGUCGACCCGCCGGCAAACGACCCGGCGAAGGAGCGGAUCUCCACGGACGCCCGGAUCUGCAGCAUCCUUCGGGGCCUUCAAGGCAGCAACGUCACCACGGAGGAGCUUCAGGCCCACUUGCAAGGAGCCCUUGCCGACAGUGCGCUGAGCCUCCAGACCCUGGCGCGCUGCUUGGGCCCAAGCCCGGCCAGCGAGGCGAAGGAGGUUGAGGAGGCGCUGGUGCCGGACAAGUACGACCUCGAGGACAAGAUGCAGCUGGCGCAGUUCCUGGAGAAGGCGAACGUCCGCCUGGUGCGCGUCGAGUUCCUGCAAAAACUCCACCGCGAAGGCCGGCGCCUCCCUCGGCGCCAGGAGGCCGAGUCCGCCCACGUCCGGGUGGGCGACGGGGUCCGCACCGCACUGGCCACGCACGAGGAGGUCCUGGGCUGGGCGAGGGGAGAGAAGACUGAGAUCGGGAGGAUCGUGUCCGUUUCACAUGUUUGGGAGGCGCGCGAGCAUCCUGACCCCUACGGCUUCCAGUUGCAAAAGCUUGCGACGUCAGGGAAGCUGCGGGGGCAGGAUUGCUUGUUCGUGGACUACGUCUCACUUUUCCAGUUUAAGAGGCUCGACGAAACGCAGGAAGAGAGCUUCAGGCGCGCCAUGAAAAACAUGCACGUUCUUUAUGCGCAUGAGCACACUCAUACGUUGCGCAUCGAGAGCCUCACCCCCGAGGGGCGAAUUAAGGAUGCAUGGUGUCACGGAGAGCUCGUUGAGGUCUACGACCUCCGCAGCGGUCACGUCAAGCCGGUAUUGGCGGCUGACCUGAUUCAAAACCGCACCGCGUACCACCAGCGGGGGUGGUGUGUUGCCGAACUCCAGUGGUCCUCCACGCGAUCCGAAAGCAACCGGUCGCAAGAGGUGGACAGCUCUGAGUCCGACCAGGCGGGCGUCGCCCCGAUGGACCCCGACACCUUCCGAGCCACCGUAGGGGACCGUCUGAAAUUCACCCAUCGGAGCGACGCCGACGCAGUAAUGCAAUUGCAGAGGCGCGUUUUUGAAGAGAAGGCGGCGAGCUGCAAAGCGCUCAAGCUUUCAAAUCUCAGCGCCGAUGCCUUAGCCGUAGGGCUGAGGUCUCUGGACCGGUACCCGCAGCUGGAGAGUUUGGCCAUCGUGCGCAGCGCCCUCACACCCAACCUUCCGCAGCUGCUUCAGGUCCUGGAAACGAAGGCGCUGGCGAAGCUAGAGCUGGACGGCGUGAACCUGAUUGAGGAAGGCGCCCGCCAGCUCGCGGAGGCGUUUUGCCUCAGCUCGACGCUCACGGCGCUCACGCUGAGCAACGACGGUGCUUGGGGCGUGGCGUUGGACCUGGAGGCGCUCAUGCAGAACGCGACGCUGACGCAGCUGAGCCUUCAGGGGAGUGCGAUCACGCAGGACGGCGCCUCUGUGCUGCUGAAGGCACUGCAGUCGAACACGACGCUGGCUCGGAUGGAUCUCUCCGAGAACGACAUCGGCAUGGCCGCGCUGGCAAUAGCAAGGGCGAUGCAGGAGGAGCAGGUGGCCUGCGACGUGUCCCACCCCCACGUGGAGCUCCUGAGUCUGAUGAAGUACUGGGGCGAGAGCUGGGAGCACCUGGAGCAACGGCUGACUCAGCUACUGCGAGCACACGAGCUGGAGCUGGACUUCGAGCACGAGCGGAUGGGCCCAGACGGAGCCCGCUUCCUGCGCGGUGCUUUCGGCCAGCAGCUUCAGGAGCUGAGCCUGAAUCUGAAAAACACCGAGCUCGGCCCGGGGCUGAGCUUUCGACAUCAUUGA